CACCCCAGAGAACAGAUUCACCUCUAUUUAACCGAGUGAGUUGGCUGAGGAACACAAACUCUGUAAGACUGCCGCUUUCCCAGCACGCCUCAUCCAUCCUCUAACCAGUCAUGAAUAUUAUCUGGUUGUGCAUCCCUUCUCUUCUGGGGUUUUCUUUAGUGUCCUCUGAUCAAACUGAAAGCAACUUCAGAGUUUUCCCAGCAGCCGGCCACAGUAUAGGUGGUGUACUACAGGUGAGUUUCCUAGGCAACGGAAACCAGCACCAGUACGCCUUCAAUGCCUCUGAAGCCCGGAAGGUCUGCCAGGACCUUGGACUCAGCAUUGCCUCCAAAGCUCAGGUGGAGGAUGCCCUCAGCAGAGGUUUGGAAACAUGCAGGUUUGGAUGGACUGAUGAACAAAUUGCAGUUAUUCCCCGCAUCCAUGCACUGGUUAACUGUGGCCAAAACAAGACUGGAGUGGUGCCAUGGCGAGCGUCCGUAACAACAUUGUUUGAUGUGUUCUGCUUCAAUGAAACGGAUGCAUUAAUACAAUUGAAGGAUGCAGUAACAGAUAACCCUCUGAGCACCUCUGACCACACACACUCAGCAAACUCCACCCUCACAGCCUCGUCUACAUCCUCCUCAUCCACCCAUCCUCCUUUCUCCACAACCAACCCUGAAACCAUAAACAAUGAGGUAGAACCUGCACGGUUUUCCAGUCAUGCACAAAGUUCUCCUGCAGCAAAGGUUGUACUCAUCACCUGCAUCUGUGGCAUACUCCUUGCAACGAUAGCUGUGCUUGCAUACCUAAAGCUGGGAAGGCACUGCUAUCUGCACUCUGAACAGAAGAUGCAGCAGCAGCAUAAUUGCCCGCAGACAGAAGAGUGGAUAUCUGUGAAGACUAUUACAGAAACUAAAGAAAAAGAAGUUCAAGAAGAUCAAAGGAUAGAUGUGGGAAAUCUGACUAUUUCUGGUGCAGAAUAAACUUCUUUUUUUGUUUGUUUUUUUGGUGGGUUGGAGUGGGUAUUUGUAAAUAUUUAAUAUUAAAUGUAAUCUACUGUUUAGUUAUGUACUAUAGUUUAGCUACAAGGGUGAGAUGUUUACACAAAAAUAAUUUCUAGACUUGCAACUUUUUAUUGUCAUAACCUCUAAGUUAAACAAUGUUUUCAAUAGUUCACUGAACUAUCGGUAAAAGAAAUGAAAGAAGACAGAAGAAAUGUUGCAUAUAAUCCA